UAAAAAUAUUUACCAUGCUAGUUUUGUAAAAAGUAUAAUAUUUCAUCUGCAAAGCAAAAGAGAAUAAUUCUUAUGCAACUGUUGACAAGAGAAAAAACAAAUUAUUGCGCCGUACAUACAGACGUCUUUUCACCAUUUCCAUAAAGAUAAUUUGUUUUGCAAUAUAUAAUCAUAGCAGUUACUAAACUUAUCGUUCAUUGUCUUAAGCGAGCUAUCGUUAGUGUUUUUGAUGAAUAUGAUGAAAACUAAUGGGAUGUUUUCACUUUUCACUACUCAAAUAACUUUAGCAUAAAAGUGAAAGACGAAUAUGGAGGAUACAAAAGUUUCUACUUAAUUUCUCAGCAUUCAUUAAAACUUUAGUAAACAAAUCAUGGUUUCCAACAAUUUUCACAUUUUUGCAUUCUUUCCUAUAUAAUCCAUGUAUAGUGUAUAGUUUUACUCACAUUAACUUUGAGCUAAGAUAUAAUCAAAUAUUAAAAUCAUAUGUGGGUCAAGUAAAAAACGCAUCCCGUCGAACCUAAACCACUUCAUGACAAUAAAGUCUACAACCAUUUUGUGUGCUUAAUUAGUUACUGUAAGUUUUUGUUUUUUCAAAAAAAUAACAAUAAUAGUUUAAGAACUGCAAAUGUUUUCCCCCUGUAAUAUUUUUUCAUAGACCUAAAUUAUCAACAAUUAUAAAGUCUAAAAAAAAUCUAACACCAAACAGUUUCUUCGGCUUGUAGACCAAAACCAGUUGUCAACAAGUCUACAACUACUUGCAUAGUUGAAUAGUUCGUGAAAAAAUAAAUAGAAAAUACCAGAAGUAAUUAAAUACACAAGAAAACAUAACUCAAAACCUCUUCUUAGUCAGAUUCUCUCUCUAUCUAUCCCUCUCAAUCUCUAUCUGCCCAUAUUUCUUGCUGUCAACAAAUUCAUUCAGCAAUCUCCUUUUUCCCCAUCAACAACAAACAAAAAUAAAGUCCUUUCACAACAAUUAUAUUAAACAAAUCCACCAAAAACCCUUUCACAAAAUAGGUCUCUCUUCAACAAUGUCGUCUAGAAACCGAAGAUCAAGAAUCAACUCUAAGUUCUUCUUCUUCACAAGUACCAUUCUUCUUCUUCUCCUUCUAGGUUUAUGCAAUGGAGCAAGAACAAACUCGAACGUCUUCGACUCGAAACCACACAAGAAACACAACGACGCCGUUUCGUCUUCAUCGAAACAGUUCUUGGGGUUCUUGCCACGUCACUUCCCUGUUCCAGCUUCUGGUCCCUCUAGAAAACACAAUGAUAUCGGUUUACUUAGUUGGCACCGAGCUUCUCCGUGAAAGAAAAAGCCUUAAAGGUCAUGAAUUUUUUUUUUGCUUCUUUCUAUCAAUUAGUUGUAUGUUUCUUUCAUUUUAGUUUCCCUCUUUAAUUACCCCUUUGCUUUUGAGUUAUAAGCUGGUGUAAAUGUCUUUCUUUAUUGUGAUGCAAAGAAAAUGUUUUUUUUGGUUUGAUUAAUAUCGACAAGGCAAAACAUAUAAUCUAUUAUUAUGAAUUUGUAAUUGGAAGCUGUAUAUUUUUUUGGAUAGCUCGAAUUUGUAAUAUUGCAUGUAUCAAAGUGUGAGAGCCGAUCAUCUCCAUGA